AUGGGACGACGUGCCAAGAACAAGCAAUCCGACCCCCGCCCCCUCCCCGGAUCCGUCCCCGAGCGCGAUCCUUCGAGGAGGCAGAAGGCCAAGAAGCGUGCCCCCUCGUCUGUUGCGGCCGGAGACGCCAGACAAGCAAAGGCCCACCGUGGGCCUGCCACCAAGAAGGGUGUCAAGGUUGGCAAGACUGGAAAUGUCAUCCAAGGCCGUAGAGGAAAGAAGGUUGAUGAGGUCGAUGAGGACAGUGAUCUGGACGAGGCUUUGCAAACUGGAGAGUUCUCCAGUGACGAAGAGGAAGAGGAGGAGAUUCCCAAAGCCAAGAAGUCCCAGAAGUCCAAGACAGAAGAGUCCGACGACGAGGUUGUGCAGCGAGGCCCUGCCAAAGAGCUCGUCUUCUCUGACGACGAGGAAGAGAUUUCUGACGAUGAAAACUUGAACGACGACAAGGAGGAGCUUCCCAAGGGCCUGCACGCUUUCGAUCUCGACGCUGCGCCUUCUGACGAAGACGACGAGGAGAUGGGCGACGAAUUUGAGAUGGAUGAGGACGAUCUUUCAGAGGGCGACGAGGACGAGGCCGAUUCUGCCUUUGCCUCUUCUGGAGACGAGGAUGCGGACAUGGACGAAGAAGAGGGUGUAUUUGGAAGCGAGGAGGGAGACGAUAUCCAGACUAAUCUGGAGGAUGACCUUGAGGAGACUUUCACUCUCCCCGCAGUCGACAAUGGCGGCGAGGAAGAAGCCAUUGAGCACGGUGUCAGUCUGAGAGAUGUCGAGACUCGAAUGAGAUGGUUGGUCGGUGUCGUCAUCAACAAGGACGAGAAGGUUUCCAUGGGUGUCCCCGGAAAAUCCCGAUCCGACCACCUGUUACAACUUCAGCACGACAUUGCCACCUACUUUGGUUACAACACCUUCCUCGUCGGCAAGCUCAUGAAGCUUUUCCCCGCCGACGAAGCUCUCGCCUUCUUUGAAUCCAACGAGUCCCCUCGCCCCGUCACUAUCCGAGCCAACACCCUCCGUACACGUCGGAGAGAUCUCGCUCAGGCCCUCAUCAACCGAGGUGUCACCCUUGAGCCUAUUGGCAAGUGGUCCAAGGUCGGAUUGCAGGUCUUUGAGUCUCCUGUACCUGUUGGUGCUACGCCGGAAUACUUGGCCGGUCACUACAUGCUCCAGGCUGCUUCCUCCUUCUUGCCCGUCAUCGCCCUCGCUCCUCAACCCAACGAGCGUGUCUUGGACAUGGCAUCUGCUCCUGGUGGAAAGACCACCUACAUAUCUGCUUUGCUGCAGAACACGGGUACCGUUUUCGCCAACGACAGCAACAAGGCUAGGACCAAGAGUUUGACUGCCAACGUGCACAGGAUGGGGUGCAAGAACGUGAUUGUCUGCAAUUACGAUGCUAGAGAGUUCCCCAAGGUCAUUGGCGGAUUUGACAGGGUGUUGUUGGAUGCGCCCUGUAGUGGUACAGGUGUGAUCAGCAAGGAUGCUAGUGUCAAGGUCAACAAGACCGAACGAGACUUCCAGCUUCUCGCGCACCUCCAAAAGCAACUCAUCCUUUGUGCUAUCGACUCUGUAAACCCCAACUCUUCUACCGGCGGCUACGUCGUCUACUCGACUUGUUCCGUGACUGUUGACGAGGACGAGAGCGUUGUCGACUAUGCGCUGAGAAAGAGGCCAAAUGUGCGGUUGGUGGAGACUGGCUUGGAGUUUGGUGUGCCGGGUUUCAAGAGCUUUGAGGGAAAGAACUUCCACCCGAGUGUUGAGCUUACUAGACGGUUCUACCCUCACAAGCACAACAUGGACGGUUUCUACGUUGCCAAGUUCAAGGUCGAGCCCCGCAAGAAGCUCACCAAGUCCAAGAAGGACAAGGAGGAAGAGGAGGAAGGACCUCAGAUGACCAUCACCGAGGAGGGAGAGAUUGUGCCCGAGGAACCUGCCAACUUUGACAGUCCCGAGGAUGCCAAGUUGAUCCAGGAAAGCAAGAGAAAGGCCUUGAAGAAGAAGGGUAUCAAGGUUACACCGAAGAGCGAGGACAAGCCCAAGAAGAGCCUGGAGAGCAAGGGUAAGGGCAGGAAGGUGAAGGCCUGA